GCGGGCAACAGGCUUUUUACUUUUACUAUCUUUUGUUACAUUAUUUACCUUUUUACCGCAAUUUUUCAUAAAAUGGGUAACAAAGUUGUCACAUUCACCGAGCAACAACUAGAAGAUUAUCAGGACUGUACAUUUUUUACAAGGAAAGAAAUUCUCAGGGUAUUUAAACGUUUCCGAGAUGUCAACCCGGAAUUGGUACCAAAACGAAUGACAGAAAACCAGGCGAACACCAUAGCUGUACCCGUAGAAGAAAUAGAAAAACUACCUGAACUAAAAGAAAAUCCAUUCAAGCGUCGUAUAUGUCAAGUAUUCUCUCACGAUGGCUCCGGUAACUUGACUUUUGAAGAUUUUUUGGAUAUGAUGUCAGUGUUCAGUGAAGCGGCACCACGGGACAUCAAGGCUUGGUACGCUUUCCGCAUUUAUGACCUCGACGACGACAUGUACAUAGGACGAGAGGAUCUUCUAGAAGCGACUCGGUUACUCACCAAGGGCGAGUUACAUCCUCAGGAGCGAGAUGAUAUCGUGGCCAGCGUGCUGGAUGAGGCCGACGUGGACGGUGAUGGUAGACUGUCUUUUAUGGACUUCGAGCACGUGGUUGUUCGUGCACCCGACUUUCUAUCUACAUUUCAUAUCCGAGUGUAAAAAUAAAUAAAUAAGUCAGGACAAUAAUUUUAUACAAGCUGUACCCGCGACUUCGUCUGUGUGGAAUUUAACUUUAAAUUUCUUAAAUGAAAGAUUUUUUCUAAAAUAAAA